GGUGUGGUGAUUCUUUCCCCUUCUCUUCUCUCUCUCCCCCUCUCGUGAUAAACUCAAUGGGGUUGUCUAUUUUUAACCUCCUGUUCUUUCCUUUUGGCAGAGUAAUCAGUAUGAGCUGAGCUCUUUCCCUGAAUGAAUCCAAGUAACCCCAGUGACUGCCUUCUGAAAUGACCAGCAGACACACAUCUGUCCAGAGGCUGUCCAGAGUAUAAAUUCUGGUUCUAAAGUGCCAUGUCCAGCCAAGGAAGUCCUGAUGUGGAGUUUUCUACGACGACAGUCAGUUCAGUAGCUGUUCAGGCAGGAGACUCCAAAAUCGUGAUAGCUGUCAUAAAGUGUGGCAAGUGGGUACAACUUCAGUUGGCUGAAUCACAGCCCAAUCUUCUAGAAAUUGGUAGCAGUCAAGAUGAGACCAAAAAGCUUCUUCAUGAUCAUGAAAUUCUUUUGGGCAAGCUCAAGGCUUUGGAAGAUCAGGUAUGGGAACUCUUGCGGGAGGCAGACAAGACAGCUGAAGAGAACAAGGAUCGGAGUCAGGUCUAUGAUGCCAUGGCCAACACCUUGGGUGAAGCAUGGGCAGCCCUUGUCUCUAUGCUUGAAAGAAGAAGGGAGCUCCUCAGGUUGACUUCAGAAUUUUUUGAAAAUGCCUUGGAGUUUGCUAUUAAAAUAGACCAAGCUGAAGACUUCCUCCAGAACACCCAGGAGUUUGAGAAUGCCGAGUCCUUAAAAUCACUUCUUCAGCUUCACGAACAUCAUACCAAAGAACUCUUAGAACGAUCUCUAGCCCUUCUAAACAAAAGUCAACAGCUCACUGACUUCAUAGAAAAAUUCAAGUGUGAUGGACCUAAUGUGAAUCCCAAAUUGACUCAGGGAGCUCAUAACAGCUGUCUGAAGAUUGACAACCUUCUUGAGCUUCUGCAAGACAGGAGACGGCAAAUUGACAAGGACCUGAAGCAACAGCAGCAAGAACUGGGUCAGGUUCUGCAGAUAUAUCAGUGGGACCAGCAAGAAAAUCAGGUUACUUGUUGGUUUCAGAAAACCGUAAGAGAUUUACAGGAACAAAGUCUAGGUUCAUCACUUUCAGACAAUGAGGAGCUAAUCUGUAAACAUGAGGAAUUGAUAAUACAAGCAAAGGAAUGGAAUUCUGCUGCUGAGAAGCUGAGGAGUGAUGCCCUUGGGAUUCUGCUGUCCAAGGGCUACAUGGAGAAAGAGCACCUACGGCUCUCUAACCAGAAACUGCACCAGCUUCAAGGAGAAUGUCGUCAGCUCAUGGCGGAGAGGGAAACUUGGUUAAAAAAGGCAAAUGGCUUUUUUUGCAGUACGAAUAAGGCAUUUGAUGUACUUGGGAGAGUCGAAGCUUACCUUAAGCUCCUUAAAUCAGAGGGUUUAAGUCUGCCUGUCUUGGCAGCGAGGCAUGAGGAAUUACACAGAGAAAUUAAAGACUGCACAGCUGAUGCUUUGCAAAAGGGACAAGCCUUAAUCAGCCAAGUAGACUCCUGUAGCUCUCGGGUAAGUGGAGUCCAUGAGAUGAUGCGAUGCAUUCAGAGACGAAUGGACCAACUGACCCAACAGUGUUCAGCGCACAAAGAAUUUGCUCUUAAGAAACAGCAGUUAAUUGCCUCGGUGGAGGGCCACCUCAAGAAGGUGGAAAUGUCAAUUCAGAAAAUCAUUCCAGUACUUUCCAAUGCAAUGGAUGUCGGUUCCAGCCUUUCUGAAUCAGGGAAGAUUUUGAGUAAAUACUUGGAACUAGAUAUGCAAGCUAAGGAGACAGCACAUGAAUUAGAAACAGCUGCAAAGCUUAUGACAGAGAAAAAUGAAUUUGAACCUGACGAAGUGGCAUUGCUUUCUUCUAAAGCUAAAUGGUUAGAGGAAGAAUUAAAAAUACUUGGCCAAAGCAUCAGCUCCAGGUCACAAGUCCUGCAAUCUUAUGUGGCAUUUCUAAAGUCCUCAGAAGAGGUACAGGAGCAGUAUUGGAGCCUAAAGGAGUUUUACCAAACUGAAAUCCUGCAGAAGGAAGAGGACGAUGCUGAAGUCAAGCAUCGAUCCGAUUCAGCUGAGAAGCAGUGGCAGCUAUUUUUGAAGAGGAGUUUUUUAACUCAAGAUCUAGGGCUUGAGUUCCUUAAUUUAAUAAAUAUGGCAAAAAGGGAUGAAAUAUUAAAUGCGAAAAGUGAAGUACACUUUAUGGAGAACACUAUGGAAAGCCAGAAGGCAGAAAGAGAAGAACUUGGCCACCUUCGGAUGACAUGGCAACUUAAGGGCACUGCUACUCAGCCUGUGAAACAGCAGUGGGGAGCAUUCAAGGAACAACUUAGAAAGACUACUCACAACUUACAACUUCUUGAGGAAGCACUUACGCCUGUGUCUGCCUUUGACCUUGGAGGGAGCCUCCAGACCAUUUUAGGUCUACAGAAAAAAUGGAACGAAAUGAAGCCUCAGCUGCAGCAACUGAAUGAUGAAGUUUGGUACCUCCUAAGAGCAUCGGAAGAGCUAAGUGACAAAGGAGCCCCUGUGAAAGAGAAGUCCCAGCAGCUGAGAGAGCUCAUUCACCUCCACCUAACACAAGAGGAGAGAAUCCGAGAUUACGAGGAUAUCCUGUACAAGCUGGUCCGAUUCCACCAAGUCAAGGAGAAGCUGGGUCAUCUCCACAAAUCAAGGGAAAUAGAGUUUUUAGACCAGCCAGAGGAUCUAGAUGAUGCCCACGAAGCCCAGGUCCACCUCAGUCGUGCUCAGGAGAAGCAGGCACACAUCGGUCAUCUCCAUAAACUGGCCCUUUCCUUGGGAGUGGAUAUCAUCUCAUCAGUGCAGCGGCCUGUAAGCAACUUGGAACACCGUCAUUCCUACAACUGCUCUAAUGUUUCUGCAAAGAACCUGCAGCAGCAGCUGGACCUCCUUGAGGGGGACAGUGGGAACUGGCGUGCCAGAGCCCAGGAGUAUGAACGGACCCUGACCCUCAGCCUGGAGUUCUGCAACACAAGGGACAGUAUAAAUGAGCUCAAAGAGUCAUUCAAAGAUAUCAAAAAGAAAUUCAACAAUUUAAAGUUUAAUUACACUAAGAAAAAUGAAAAGGCUCGGAAUCUGAAGGCUCUUAAAUAUCAAAUUCAACAAGUUGAUGUGCAUGCUGAAAAAAUACAGGCUUUGAAAAAGAAAAUGGAAAAAGUUGAGAAUAAAACUUCUGAUUCUUUCUUGAGUUAUCCAAAUAAUAAAGUUAAUGUUCUUUUGGAAGCCAUGAAGGAUUUGCAAAAACAUGUGGAUGAGUUUGACAAAGUUGUGACAGAUUACAAGAUGAAUUUGGACCUGACAGAGCACCUCCAGGAGAUGAUAGAAGAGUGUCACUUUUGGUAUGAAGAUGCAAGUGCCACAGUUGUAAGAGUUGGAAAAUAUUCCACAGAAUGCAAGACAAAGGAAGCUGUGCAAAUUCUCCACCAGCAAUUCAAUAAAUAUAUCAUGCCCUCUGUGCCUCAGCAAGAAGAAAGGAUUCGGGAGAUCAGUGACUUAGCUCAGCGCUUAUAUGGUUUUGAAGAAGGGCAGAAAUAUGCUGAGAAAAUAAUGGCAAAACACAAAGAGGUUCUUGAAUCUAUCACUGAAUUAUGUGUCUCUCUCACAGAGCUUGAAGAAAAGCUGAAGGGGGACAUUUUAAAGACAAAUGUGAAUUUGGAAGACCUCCAUGAUGACUUCAUCGACCUGCUAAAAGAACCAGCGAGUAAUACACGGACACUAUUCAGUGAAGAAAGGAAUAAGGCGCAGGGAGCAGGUGUUCUGGCCAUCAGUGGAACAGGAGAGGGUCAAUCUCCCCAGCACCUGAAUCAGCUGCUCUCUGACAGAGAGGGUGCUGUCCAAGGCCAGCUCUUGCCUACAGACACGCUUUCAGGAGAAGAAUAUGAAUGUGUCUCACCUGAUGACAUCUCCUUGCCUCCACUCCCGGGAAGCCCCGAUCCCCCGCUUGGCCCAGCUGACAUGGACAUGGAAAAGCGUGCCAGCCCUUCCCUCAGCAUUCACACAAGCAGCUACAAGAUGCAGACUGGGGCCAGCAGGCCAGGGGAGGCCCAGGCCUCGGGCAUUCCACCCCCUGCUGCUUUUGCUGACACUUACAAUGAUGAGAGAAAAACUUUCUCAAGUCAUUUUGAGAGGCCUUACCCCCAGUUCAAAGCUGAGCUCCCAUUAACCUCCGGAGGAUUUCUGGAAAAAAGUACUGCCUUCUGCACAAUCAGGGCUAAACAUCCAGAGAGCAUGCUGAGUGACGUGCAUGAGAGAGCUUCACAGCAGCACCCUCAGGCUCAGGGACGUUUGCUAGAAACCCAGGAGAAAGUGCAUGUCGGUAAUAACAUCACUAAACCCCAAGACAGGCUGCAUGCUUCCCAGGAUGCAUUCCCAGGCCUUGGGUUUCUCUCAGACCCCGGACGGGCCUAUCAGAGGCAAAUGGUCCCCCAAGACGAGAUUAAAUGCACAUCAGCAAAGAACACUGUGGUCAGCCUCGCUGGCCAGGCACCUAAUUUCUCCAGACUCCUGUCUAAUGUAACUGUCACAGAAGGUUCGCCAGUGACUUUGGAAGUUGAAGUAACAGGAUUUCCAGAGCCUACUCUGACAUGGUACAAGAAGGGCCAGAAAUUGUCUGCUGAUGGGCACUUACAGGUUUUACACAAGGAGACAAGACAUUCGGUAUUCAUUCCGAAGGUAUGUGAGGCAGACGCAGGCCUCUAUGUGGCUCGGGCCCAAAACUCUAGUGGCAUUCUCUCUUCCAAUGUCAUCCUCCACGUGACAGGUAACCACCGGCCACCAAUCACAAGAAUAAACUGGGUAACACUGUGUGUCAUCUAUAUUAGUGUGUCCCUCAUGUACUGGGUCCUUGCACAGUAACUGCGGGGUUGGCACUCUUGGACGUCAUUCUCACGAGCCCAAAGGUGGUUGUUUAUUUUUCUGCAUCUCCCACAUCUUCCUAUAUCUCUCCUCUAAGUGUACCCUUGUUCUAGCCAUAUUGUUUGCUUGGCUAAUACCAAACUCUGUGAAAUAAGCAAAUUUUCUUUUAGUGUUUUAGUAUAUUUGAGGAGCUUGGUAAGUUCUUAGCAGCAGAUAAACAUACAUUUUUGUAUUCUAGAAAGAGAUGUGUUCAAUAUAAAGCCCAGUAAAAUUACACUAGGUUUAUUCCCUCCUCACUUAAGAGCAUGUAUGUCAAGGCUCACAUCAAUAGAGAGAUAUGAAUUAAAUUUCAAAUCCAAUUGUUUGAGAAUUUAUUUUUAAUUAUACUCAUAAACAUCUCUGUAGAAUAACAGGAGAAAUAUUGAUGAGAAGCUGUAAUUUACCUUAUCACAUCAGCUGUCCUUUCAUUGCAUUUCAUGUCUUAAUCUCAUUUAUUGAAAUACAUUCUAUGUAGUUUCAACCUUGCCUGCCUUCCUAAGUCUGAGGAGGCCACUGUAAAUAAUCAUUCCUCAAGUUGAUCUCACAGGUUUCACAAUAGCAAAUAGAUGUGCUGUCAACUUUAGAUGGAGGCUCAAACUUCCAUCAACUGUACCUGUCAUAGAGUAAAAUGGGGCACGGGCUGCAGAUGGACUAAUGUAAUCCCUGUCAUGUGGCUGUCAGGGUUUGGACAGCCAUGCAUACACAAUGGCAACCUGUUCUUCCUGCAUCUUCUCUUCAUUCUGCUGCUGACCAUUUUUUUGCAGCCUGUAGAAAAGACAUCCCUUUGCCUCAGUUUCCCAUUUGGAAAAUGAGUUUAUCAUCUACCUCUCGGACAAUUGAGAAUUUUCUUUGCAUGUCUUGUAAAGAUUUGGAAAAUGGAAAGCAUUCUAUGAAGCCUGAAGUUAAUUAUAUUAUUUGAUGUGACUUAUUAUCAUUUUGCCUCCUGCCCACUAUCUCAUUCAUAUGUUGUUUCUUUGGAAUAUUUAUGGAGUGGUAUUAGUCUGUGAUUUCCAACCUUUCCCAUGUGGAAAGGUGAUGUUUUAUAAAUUGGAACUUAAAUUCCUUUCUAGUUUCUUAAGAUUAUAUCUUUUUCAAAGACUUGAAAUUAACUUAUGAGGGUGCAUUUAGUAUGAUCUAGGGGAAAAGUAUGUAAUAAGACUACAUAAGGUGAAUUCUGUCCUUUUCUUCUGAUUAUCACUAUAAUAUUAAAGAAUUUUCCUGUGCAUUUCUGAAAUAUAUUAUUUAGAAAAGAGGACCUCUUUUUGAUUCCUUUUAAAAAUAAACAUGA